CUGUGGGAUGUUUGGGCAAUUAGCCACGCCCAUUUCUCCGUUUCGCCGCUUGGUCACGCCCCCAAGCCGACCCCGCAGCCAAUGAGCGUCGCUCAACCCCUCCCAUUCCACAAUACUUGAUUCUAUAGAGUCGUAUUGUUAUGCAAACUAGUUCGUCUAAAAUAUCCCCCUGGCAACGCAGCUCUGGGCAGAGAAUCACCGGGACCGCGCGACGGACAAAUAGCAGCGGGCAAGCGGGCAGUUUUCGAGUCACUUGUUCCCGUCCAAACGUCAAGAGUCACCCUUGCCAAAUAAACCACCGCGGGACGCGAGAGACGCAUUUCCUGAGGUGAAUUACCUCAGACGUCUCUAAACCUAACGGCCCUCGAUGCGCUCAACCGGAGAUACCGCCGUUCACACGCCUCCGUUCUCACACUAAAUAACUCCACGUUCUGCCACAACCCGGUGCUGCUGCUACCGAGAGACACUCGCGCACACACGGAGACUUACGUUACGCUUUGUGGAUGAUUGAACUUUCUCGCUAGGUCUUUGGGAUAUAGCCACCGACUGCAUUUACACACCAAGUGUGUCGUUUACUUGUCCUUUUUGGGAUAUACGCUUCUAGUCUCCCGCGCCGAAGCUGGUUUUAGUCCAGUCAAGCCGCGAAUCUGUUACCCGAGUACUAGAGACUGUACAGGCGGCUGAAAGCAUCAUGAGCCAGGCGGAUAUAUCGACGUGCUCGGCGCCUCAGAGAGUCUUCCAGGAGGCGGUGAAGAAAGGCAACACGAAGGAGCUCCAUUCGCUGCUGCAGAACAUGACCAACUGCGAGUUUAACGUCAACUCGUUCGGCCCCGAGGGACAGACGGCGCUGCAUCAGUCGGUGAUCGACGGGAAUUUGGAGCUGGUGAAACUGCUGGUGAAGUUCGGAGCCGAUAUUCGGCUGGCGAACCGGGAGGGCUGGAGCGCGUUGCACAUCGCCGCGUUCGGAGGACACCAAGACAUCGUGUUAUACCUCAUCACCAAGGCCAAGUACUCCUCCGGCGCGCGGUGAUCCGGUAGAAACACGCGGAAAGACCGGCGGCCGAGUUCCCUUGUACCCUAAAACCAAAUGAGGGCUGUAGCCUUUUUCUUUCCCGUGAGUAUAUAUGGUCAGAUCUGGCGAUGAGAGAAACUGAAACGCAUGCUGUCCGGGAUGUGCGUUGGUACUAUAGCUUUUUAUUGAAUGUUUAAGUCAUCAGAUCUGGACUGUGUGGCUUUACCAGGGCUUGACCUGUUGACCUGUCCACCUGGAGAAAUCGAGAUGGCACUUGAUGCUGUGGCUGAAUGCUGGAAUCGUUGCAAGAGGUGAACUCCAGAAUGAAGGCCAACCUCUGUUUUGGCUAAACACUGUCUGUCUUUUAAUACGAACCGUAAGUCGUUUCAUCAAUCAAGUGGUGUGGCAUUGGUGACCAGUGCUGAAACAUGUCCUCGAAAUAACAAGUGACUUAUUCUUAAGUACUGUACACAUAGCUUUACUGUGUUUCUCUGUACAAGUAGUCUAUUGCGCUCUGCCUUCACCUAGCAGACGGCUUCCACACAGCUUUCAGGCCAGUGCGACCCAUGGUUAACGUGUUACUAAAAACCGCUGCUUUCGCCUUUUUUUUGUAUCAAAACGUCAGGAAAGUCGCCUUUGGGACACACUUUAUAAUCUUCUUUCAGUAUUUUGAAUUAACACCCUGGUCAUCACUGUGAAUACAGGCUGGGUUUGUCUUUUUAUUUAUGAAGGUACAUUGAGAUGAUGCAUUUAAAUUAUGUUGUGGUUAUUUUUAAGACUAUAGCCUAAGUGUAAAAGUAUGUAGGGUGACCUAAAGCUGCUUCGGACUCGUUACAGGCUAAACUGUCCCGUGUGGAGAUUCCGCGCCCCACGUGUACACCUUUAUUUUUUUCAUUUUUUUUUCCCGGGAAAUGCGUCCCCUUCUACUUUUAUCCUGGUUCUUUGCAUCAGCUACCUCGACUUGAAAGUAUUCAACAAUAUGCUCUCCUUCUCAAGCCUUCUCCUUAACUGUGCUCGGUCAACAGAAUCAGUAGGCCCUCUCUCGGGGUCAUUUACUUGACGUUUCCUCACUGUCAUCACUCAUUUACAAUCUUCACUCGGGACAAUUUAUCUCCUUGAACCAAAAUUAAGAUCCAUUGGUUAUUCGAAACAUUUUUUUCUUUUCUCUUUCGCCAAGCGUGGUUGAGACGUUAAAUAUGUAGGUUUUAUUUCAGCCGGUUGCUUCAUUUUUUGCAUUGUCAUUUUUAUCCUUACGAAAAGUGAAAUGCAUUGCAUGACUAUUAAAUGCAGGGAGUUUUGUUGCACAUAAAUGUGGAGCCUUUUACGCCCCCUAGUGCCUGGUCGGGUAACUGCAGGAGCUGAGGCUUACCAAUAGUUACUACUGAGCAGGACUAUAUGAUGAACAUUGAGAAGACUAUGACUUCUGUUGCAGGAAACAAGACUGCCUGCCGCCUUUAAGAGUCAUGGCACCUGAUGUUUGUUUCAAUGCUGCUUUUUUUUUCUUGAUACAACGGCCAACGUGAGUGAAUGAGGACUAUUAUCAGAUUCGUUUUUUGCGAGAAGCCCCAUGCAGUUGUGUGAUUGUACUCUUCAGUGGUGUUGCUGAUGUUUCCAGCCCUCGUCGCUCAACCUGGAGAUGCAACCGACGUGAUUCUCUCCGUCAACUAUUCGAUUGGUAUAGGCAGAACAAAUAUGCAUCGCUUGUCUUAAACUUGAUAUUUUUACUCUUGUUGAAAAUAUUGCACUGAUGACUGUUGUUAAUUCGUUGGCCGCAGGUCGACAUUUUAUUUUUUCUAAAUAGAAAAAAGGAACACAACAAAAUACUAUUGUAUAAAAAAAAAGCUCCAGGUUAUAUUGUCUCUUACGUUGUAUAACAUUACGUUUGCAAAGAUGUUUGUAUCUCUGUGAUCGGGUGUAUGUGUAUACAUAUAUAGUAUAUAUAUGGACAUAUAGACGCUGAUAUCUCAGAGCACUUUCUUAUUUGAAGUGCUCUCCUCCUGAUGUUAAUAAAGGGGAAUAAUACUUGUGAUGGUAAGAUCAUUGUAACAAAAAUAAAUUGCACGAUGUAUAGUUGUUUCACCCCGCCGUUUGUCAUAACAUUUAUGACAUGGGGGUUAAAUGACUGGAUAGGUGUAUAUGAAUGAGUAAAAGUGCUGUUUUCUUUUGUUUUUGUGGACCAAGUUAUUUUUCAUCUUGUGUCUCCGGCGAGUGAUGCGAAUGUUGACUUCAGCUUUUCUGUUUGUGUGUCUGUUUGUUUGUAAUUUUUUUGAACAUUUGUAACACUGUGAUUCAUGUGUGGUGAGAAUAUGAGUGCUGUAAUAUUUUUUUUUGUAUGUGUGUGUGUUCAAGCCAGUAAAGAAAUAAUUAAACCUUC